AUGAUCAGCUGCUCCUACAUCGAAUAGAAAUCCUUAAGUCCGUCCACAGCACUCUUCCUUUCCCUCAACAGCAAAAUGAAGAUCGUGAUCGCCGGCGCAACGGGCAAGAUUGGUGGUGCGGCGCUCCAACGUCUGCUCGCUCUCCCAGCAGUUACCUCUGUCAUCGCUCUCUCACGUCGAAAGAUCGAUGUCGAGCAUCCAAAGCUCACGGUGGCUAUUAUCGAAGACUUCCUCCACUACGAGCCGGGCGUCUUGGAGCAGCUGUCCGGAUCGGAGGCGUGUAUAUGGUCGCUCGGCACGCCGACAGGUGGUCGCGAUGUACACAUGGACUACACAAUGGCUGCCGUCAAAGCGUUGAAGUCAUCGCUGAAGAACGGGCAGCAGUUUCGCUUCGUCUACGUCAGUGGCGCACUGGUCGAGACAGAUCAGAGCAAGACGCUGUGGUUCAUGGGCGAUAUGAGGCGGAUGAGGGGAGAGGUCGAGAAUGCUGUAGUUGAGCUUGGGAAGGACAGCAAGCAGUGGACAUCGUUUUUUGCUCGGCCCUCGCUCGUGACAGAGGGGGAGUCGGUAAUGAGGUUCGUGUCGUCGAGUUAUAUUCCAGUGGCGACACUGGGAGCAGCGCUUGUUGAUCUUGCAGUUGUCGGGGGAGAACAGAGUGUGUUGAACAAUGGGGAGCUCAGAGAACGCGGGAAAAGCGCGUUGAAGGCGGCAUGA